AUGCAAGAAAACAAUGAAUAAGCAUUAGAUGAUCUGAGUAAAGAAAUUUUAGUUUCAUAAUUGAAGGACAAAGUAUUUAAUAAAAAAUAAUCAACAGAUUAAGGAAAAUAAAACCAUCACAAAAAAAUUAGAUAAAUUAUCAGAGAAAUAUGUUUAGACAUACAAGGAGUAUAAACUUAUUGCAAAAGAUAGAGAAACUUUAUUUUAAGUUCUCUCAUCAAUCUUAAAUGAUGAAAUUAAUAAAUUUGAGCAGAAACCUUUGGGUUAUAUAUAAAUAUAUAUAAAUAGGUUAAUUUGAUCAAAAUCAAAUACUUGAUUUAUUCAAACAAAAGGAUGAAGAAAAAUCAAGAGCUUUAACAAAUCUGAUUAAAGAGACUAAUAAUGAAAAAUUUCAAUUAGAAGAAAGGUAUCGAUAAAUGAUAGAGAAAUAAGGAUAAAGUACUGAUCAAAAGACUCAAUAAAUUAUCAAGCAAUUAAAAUAAUAAAUAAAUGAUUUGGAUAAUAAUAAUACAAGAUUGGCAAAGGAGAUCAUUGAAUUAAAUGACAUUAUACAGAUUAAAAAUUAAUAAUUACAAACUCUUAAUUAAUUAGAAGAAGAAAAUGCAAAUUUGAAAACUUAACAUAUGGUUAAGGAACUGUAAUUAUAAUAGCCAGAUCGAGCUAAUAAAAUAAAUUCUUCAGAUUUCAUGAAUGAACAAUUAAAGUUUAAAUAAUAGAUUGAUAAACUAUUGGAAUAAAUUUAAAAGCAAAAUAUUAAAAUUUCAGAUUUAGAAUCAGAACUAUAAUUAUAAUCUAAAAAAUAAACUGAGAUAAAUAAUGUAUCGAAGAAAAAUGAAGAGACUCCUACUCCUGAUUACGAUGGAAUAAAUCCAUUUGAAUAGGAAGCUACAUUAAAAUAAAAAGAAAUCAUCUAAUUUAAAUAGAUAUCAGAUAAAUAAAUUUAAACAGAUUAAAUAUUUUAGAAUUAAGAGGAAACAGAUAAUAAAAACCCAAAUUUUGAGUAUUUAAAGAAUGUAGUUUACAAAUACUUUUUGUAUUAAGAAACUAGAAAUUAUAAAGAAGCAUCAAUUUUAAUGAAUGCAAUUAUGACAAUUUUAAAAAUGUCUAAUGAAGAAAAGAGAAGAAUAGAUUAAGCAAGAGAAAGAGGUUUCUUAAAGAAUGCAAAAAAUCUAAUAAGUGAUAGUUUUGCAUGUCUAAAGUAACCAUAAUUAAAUGAUAUGAAUUUGGAUCGACCUACUAGUAGAGUUGAAUAAAUGAAUAAACAUAUGAUGAAUUGA